GCACCAACAGAAUCGUAUUCUUGACGCAUGCGCAACAGCAAUUUCAAUCCGGAAGUGACGUUCUAUGGUAUCCUCUUUCCGCUAGCCGUGUAGUGGAAUCGUUAGGGAUGACUACCGCAGCAAGACCAACGUUUGAGCCGGCGAGAGGAGGGAGAGGAAAAGGAGAAGGCGAUCUGAGUGCCUUGUCCAAGCAAUAUUCCAGCCGAGAUCUUCCAGGUCACACCAAGAUCAAAUACAGACAGCCCACUCAGGAUGCCCCCGAGGAGGUGCGUGCCCGUGAUUUCCGUAGGGAACUGGAGGAGAAGGAGCGUGUAGCAGCACGUGAGAAGACCAGAGAGAGGGGACCAAGAGAACACACUACAUCCUCUUCAUCAUCUUCAUCAUCAUCAAAGAGGCCCAGGUUGGAUCAGAUUCCAGCUGCUAACCUUGAUGCUGAUGACCCUCUCACUGAUGAUGACGAGGAUGAGAACUCUGAUGAAGAUAGUGAUGAUGACGACACUGCAGCUCUGUUGGCUGAGCUUGAGAAGAUAAAGAAGGAGCGAGCCGAAGAGCAAGAACGCAAAGAACGAGAGCAAAAAGCAGAAGAGGAGAGGAUUCGAAUGGAAAAUAUCUUAAGCGGAAAUCCACUCAUAAACUUGGCUGGACAACAACAACAGCAGCAGCAGCAGCAACAACAGCAGCAGCUGGUCCAGAGUACAUUCAGGGUGAAGAGAAGGUGGGAUGAUGAUGUUGUGUUCAAGAACUGUGCCAAAGGAGUGGACGAGUCCCGGAAGGAGAAACGCUUCGUUAAUGACACGCUGCGCUCCGAGUUCCACAAGAAAUUUAUGGAAAAAUAUGUCAAAUAAAGUUUGGGUUGUUUGUUGUGUUUAAAACCAUUAGCUCCAUUAGAUCAUACAUUUUAUUCCUUUACAUUCAAAGAGAAAGAAUUUGUAGUCGAUAGUUAAAGCCAUGUACAUAUUUGAAUGUGGGGUUUGAUCAUCUGAACUUUGAAGUUGUUAAACGCAAAUUCCAAAUGUGACUCAGCUUUCCCUUUUCUGAUUUUUUUUUAAUAAACAUUGGCUUAUCACAAA